CUGUUUAGUACACUUAUUUUUCCUCUGAAAUUUCAGAAGCUUCUGCUUCUGCUGCUGUGUUUCUCUUAGCUUAUUAUUCUACAUUAUUUUGACAAGAACAAUAUUUUCAAAAUAAAUCCCCUACAGUUUUAAUUAAGAUGGAAGAACUCAGACUUAGCUUAGAUACAUACAAACUUCAACUACAGCAAGUUGAAGCUGCAUUAACUGCAGACGCAACGAGCGAGGAAUUGCUGAAAUUGAAGCAAGAUCUAGUUGAAGUGAUUGCUCUUACCAACGAACUUAUCAAUGCCCAGCGGGAAACCGAAGAUGAUUCUAAAAACAAAAGCAGCGAUAGAGGGUCACACAAAAAAGUAAUUCAGUGGUCCGUUGGAGACAAGUGCAUGGCUCCAUGGAGCAACAACAAGCAAUAUUAUGAUUGCACAAUUGAAGCACUGUCAGAAGAUGGAGAAGUCUCCAUUCGUUUUGAUGCCUACGGAAAUUCAGAUGUAACAACUACUGACAAACUUAAAGAAAGACCACGGGGGCUUGAAGGUGGGAUGUCAGACAAGAGCUUGGCAGAGAAACUCAAAACCAAGAAGGAGCAGCUUCAAAAGCAGCGAGAGUAUUUGAAGCAAAAGAAACAAAAGAAAUUGGUGAAAAUGAAGGAAUUGGAAGAGGCCAGGGAAGAGGAGAAAAGCAAAUGGCAAACUUUCAAUGCCAAAGCUCUGAAAACCAAGAAAGGUGGAAUAGUCAAAAAGUCCAUCUUUGCCACCCCAGAUGGACCUGGCGGUAAAGUUGGAGUUGGAACUUGUGGAAUUUCCGGCCGACCCAUGACUGAUUAUAUGCAAGCAGAAAAACGCAAGAAGAAAUAACAAACCUAUCCAUCAAAUAUGAAUUCGAAUGAGAAAAAAGUAAAAAAUAAACCUUUCGUUUUGUAA